AUGAAGUUGGUUCAUUGCACGACAGGGGAGAUAGAUGAUCACAGCUUCCCUCCAAAAGUCAAAUAUGCCAUUUUAUCUCAUGUCUACUCGACUCCUGGACAUGAUGAAUGGGAUGCAUAUGACUCGGGUGACUUGCAAGAUAUAAGCCGUAAAACGGUCAUCGACAAUGCUUGUCUCCUUGCACGCCGAAAUGGUUUGAAGUACAUUUGGAUCGACUCCUUAUGCAUCAACAAAGAAUCAUUCGAUGAGGUUUCUGAUACUAUCAACUCACUUUGGAGAUAUUUCGAAGGUGCGAGCAUUUGCUUGGUUUACCUAUUCGAUCUGCCCUGCUCCCCAGCGCCUUACGAAUGUGUAGCAACGUGGAAACAGUCUUUGUUUUGGGCUCGGUCCUGGAGCCUUCAAGAAUUACUGUUCCCCACGAGAAGCUACUUCUACGAUUGCAAUUGGCACUUCCGGGGAGACACUUCUUCGCACAAUUUUCAACUCUUCUUAGGACGAGUCACAGACUGGCUACCUAUCGGACGAAUCACAUAUUCCGCUUCAGUUGCACGCAAGAUGUCUUGGGCAGCGGGGAAGAAAGAUACUCGUGGCGAGGAUUCAUCGUACGCUCUUCUCGGUAUCUUUGACGUCACUAUGCCCAUCAUGUAUGGCGAGGGUAAAGAGUUGGCUUUCCGGAACCUUCAAGAGGCGAUUCUCGACAAGACAGGCGACAUGUCGUUAUUUGUCUGG